UGAGACAAGCACAGGGGUCGCGCCCACUAGAGACAAUGGUAGCGUGAAAAAAUAAAACAAAGACGUAAACAUUAAGUUUAAACCUGAGAUGGAUCGAGAGCUGCCACCAAGUGUGUAUCCCGAGACACAGUUACAAACGGAAGUGCUGCCAUCAGACGUCCUCAAGGUGGUCGUUGUGAAAGAGGAGCAGCAGGAGGAGCCAGAGCCCCCUCGUCUGAAAGAGGAAGAAGAGGAGUCCGACAUCAGCCAGUUCCAGAGGAAGAGUGAAGAAGAUGAAGAGCGAGCCGAGUGGUCACGGCUUCAUGGCGGCAGGGAGGCGACAAGUGGACAAGAAGCUGAUCUUAUCUUGGGCUCGCUGGUUCAGGCUGACGAUGUGACGUCGGAAUCUGGUGACACGGACGUCAGCGAUGACAGCUGGAUCAGCACCACCGCGCCCGCUUUAAACCCCGGCGACCACAGAGAAGCGGCUGCGGGCGAGAAGUUCGAGCCUCACGAAGCGUCGCUGACGUGCUCGCAGUGUGGGAAAACCUUCUUGUCCAAGUCGAGCCUGAAAUGGCACAAGAAGGUCCACGCUGAGAAACUCUUCAGUUGCAUCGUUUGCAGCAAAAGAUUCCGGAAGCGCUCGGAUCUGGUGGUUCACUUCCGGAUCCACACUGGGGAGAAACCCUUCUCCUGCUCCGUUUGCGACGCCAGCUUCGCCAAGAGCAACGCGUUGGUUCAGCACAUGCGGACGCACACCGGCGCCAAGCCUUUCAGCUGCUCCGUUUGCGCCAAGAGCUUCUCUCAAAAAGGCCACAUGAACAUACACAUGCGCACGCACACCGGCGCCAAACCUUUCUCCUGCUCGCUGUGCGGGCGAACCUUCUCCGAGAAGGGUCACCUGACCAGACACGUGGCGGCGCACUCCGGAGAGAAACCGUACGCCUGCUCAGUGUGCGGCAAAAGGUUCUCUCAGAAUGGUCACAAGACCACGCACAUGGUGGCCCACACUGGAGAGAAACCAUUCGGCUGUGACAUUUGCGAGCAGCGCUUCACCUGGCACUCGCAGUUUAAAAGGCACAAGUGUGUAGAAGGGAACAGUGCCACCUAGUGGUUCUGGCAUUGUCAUGUGGCACUUGCGGAACAUUUAUUCCACUUCUAACUUAAUACACCACUAAAAUAUU